AUGGAUGGACGGCAGCUGCUGGAUACAUGGCAGGCACAAGGUUUUACCGACGAGAUCCAGGUGUCUGACAUGAGGGAAAAGUUGAAGGCAACAGCCCUUUGGAAGGAGAUGCCUGUGGCACUGCUUCAAGAAGAAUGUCGCGACUUGGGUCUUCCCAUCGGCACAUCAGAAUCGGAGCUGUUGGCGCAAUUGACGAAUGCCAAGUCGCUGUCCCAAAACCAGGUGAGCUCCUGGGAGGCCAAAGGAGUGCCACUGCAACGCUUGGGCUCCCAACAGGAUCGCAUCGCGCUGGUGCUGCGCCUGGAAACUUUGGAGACGCUGAGCCACCCGGAGCUCAGGCGCGAGUAUCAGGAAGCCACGGCGCUUCCCCCCCAGGCUGCAUCAGUUCCAGAGGAGCCUGGUGAGUUGAUCCAAAGGUUGAGGCAGAUCUACAUUUGGAAAGCCUUGCCACUGAAUCAGUUGCGAAGCGAGUGCCAUGACCUCGGCAUCUCGCAGCACCUGGAAGUGGCGCAACCAGAGGAGAAGCAUCAAGAGCUCUUGGAGCGACUGCUGCUGAGGUGGGCGGACCGCUGGAAGGAGGAGGGCAUUCCGCUGCGGCGUUUUCGCAACCUGCGUUCAGCCACGAACUUUGCAGACAAAGUGGCGCAAGUCGUGGCGGGAGAAAGUGGGUUGCAACAUCAGCUUGCCGCAGCCUCGGGUUUGCCACAGGAUGCCUUUGGCCCCAUGGGAAAGCAGGAAUUGAUCAAGCACAUGAAGGAUGUGUUCCUUUGGAAGGAACUUUCGGUGGAUGAGCUGCGGGAGGAAUGCUUGCAGCGCUCGCUGUCCUGGAGAGCAGAGGGCGGCCAAGAGAAAUUGGAGCUGUUAGAGCGAUUGGUCAUGGCUUGCUGUGCGCAGGCUUGGGAAGAUCAAGGCUUGCCCGUGAAGAGGUUGAGCAGUGCCCACGCAGCCCAGCAGCUGCUUGAAAGAUGGCGUCAGCUCGAUGCAUGCGGAGUGGAGGAGCUUCGAGGUGAAUACCAGCGUUUGGCAUUACCUGGCUCGCCGAAGGUCCUUGAGCUUCUCGUUCGUCUCAGGCAGCAUGCGCUGUGGGCAGCAUUGCCAUUGUCGGAGCUUCAAAGAGAGUGUCGGCAAAUGGGCGCAGAUGUGACAAGCCAUGAUGAGGCUGUUCACCGCUUGGCGAUGUCAUGGGAUCCACGUAGUGAGACGCCUGACUUCUGGAAGACACAGGAGGGCAAGGAAGCAGUGGGUCCUAAGCCCAGCCCUGCGUUGCAGCGAGUGGCGCGGCACUUUCAAACGUUGGGCCUUCCAGCCACUGCGACGCCCGAAGACUUGAAACGCGCUUACCGAAGGUUGGUUUUGCAAUACCAUCCAGAUAAGAACCGUGCAGAGAUCUCCGCCGAGAAGGCGAACGAGAAGUUCAGAGAGAUCAGCGAGGCCCAUGAAGCCAUCGUUGAGUUCAUGAAAAUGGAAAACUGA